AUGGCAAUGAUAACGGGACAUUUCGGGCCAUUCGAUGAUUCAGUUGAGCAAUGGGGCGAUUAUACAGAGCGAUUUGAGUUUUUUGUGAAAGCCAACGCCAUUGACGAUGCCUUGAAAGUGCCGACAUUUCUUAGCGUUAUCGGGGCAAAGACAUUUAGUCUACUGAGAAGUUUGGUACGGCCAGGAAAACCCGGUGACAAGUCAUUUGAUGAUAUUGCAAAGAUUCUGGACUCACAUUUUUCGCCUAAGCCGUUAUUAAUAGCUGAAAGAUUUAGAUUUCACAAACGGAACCAGGAAGAAGGCGAGUCUGUUGCUCAAUAUGUAGCGGUACUCAAGAAACUUACAGAAUAUUGUGAAUUUGGUGCUAAUUUGGAUGACGCCUUACGGGACAGGCUAGUGUGCGGAUUGAGAAGUGAGGGCCUUCAGAAGCGGUUACUCACUUACGCCAACCUCACAUUGCAGAAAGCGAUUGAGAUAGCCGUGUCUAUGGAGCUGGCUGCUAAAGAAGCACAGCAGUUAGGGGCAGCUGCUAGAUCCGAGUUGAAUUUGGUCCUGAGAAAGCACCAAGCUGUAUUCCAAGAGGAACUGGGGAGUAUAACAGGGAUUAAAGUGACACUCCGGGUGCAACAAAAUUGUCAGCCAAGAUUUUUAAAGGCAAGGAGUGUUCCUUACGCUUUAAGAUCUAAGGUGGAGGCGGACAUUGACCGGCUUGUCAAACUAGGAGUCCUAGACCCUGUUUCUCAUUCUGAGUGGGCCACACCUGUGGUUCCGGUGGUCAAGUCUGAUGGAUCUGUACGAUUAUGUGGGGACUUUAAGGUAACAGUUAACCCUGUUCUCAUAGCUGAGCAAUACCCCCUUCCUGUGAUUGAAGAUAUUUUUGCUGGAUUAGCUGGGGGAAACAAAUUUAGUAAAAUAGACCUCAGCCAAGCAUACUUGCAAAUGCAUGUAGAUGAGGACUCACAAAAGUACCUCACCAUAACAACACAUAAAGGGCUGUACCGUUAUUGUCGUUUACCCUUUGGAAUUACUUCAGCACCAGCGUUAUUUCAGCGUGCCAUGGAUCAGAUCCUUAGUGGAUUACCAGGGGUACAGUGUUACCUGGAUGACAUCCUGGUCACAGGGCGAGAUGACAAGGAGCACAUGGCCAAUCUGGAUAAAACCUUAAGCAGGCUAGAAAAGUAUGGGCUGCGUGUAAACAAGGAGAAAUGUGACUUUUUCAAAAUGUCUGUGGAGUACCUAGGACAUGUUAUUGAUUCUGAGGGGUUGCACACAGCUCCUUCAAAAGUGAAGGCAAUAGUAGAUGCCCCUGCUCCAAGCAAUGUCAGCCAACUGAGAUCAUUCUUAGGUCUCGUGAACUAUUAUGGGCGUUUCAUUCCACAGCUAGCAACAUUGUUGAAACCACUCCAUGAGUUGCUGUGUGAGAGUAGACCCUGGAAAUGGUCACAGGAGUGUGAAACGACAUUUAGCAAAACCAAGGCCGUGCUGGCUGAUAAAAGAGUUUUAACACAUUUUGACCCAUCCUUACCAAUUCAGUUAGCUUGCGAUGCAUCCCCUUACGGUGUUGGGGCUGUGGUGUCGCAUAUUAUGUCAACAGGUGAGGAGCGACCAAUUGCAUUUGCGUCAAGAACAUUGAGUAAAACUGAAACAAAAUAUCCUCAAAUUGAAAAAGAGGCUUUAAGCAUCAUUUUUGGAAUAAAGAAAUUCCACACUUACCUCUUUGGUCGAAAAUUUACCCUGCUAACAGACCACAGACCUCUCACGUCUAUUUUUGGCUCACACACUGGUGUACCAUCUAUGGCAGCAAGCAGACUGCAGCGCUGGGCAUUGCUCCUUGGGGCUCACAAUUAUGAGAUCAAAUACAGGCGUUCGGAGGCACAUGGAAAUGCAGAUGGUUUGUCAAGACUUCCCCUACCUGACCAACCCAGAGAACAAGGGCAAAAGAUUUUUUACUUUAAGAUGGUGGAAAAUGCACCUAUCACUGCCCACCAGAUUAAGCAAGAAACCAAGGGUGAUUAUACACUGUCAAAACUACUCACCUGCAUUCUUAAAGGGCAGGACCUUAGCACCCUUAAUGCACUGCCUGAUGUUCAGCCUUACCUUUCACGGGGAAAGGAGCUAUCUGUGACAGCAGGAUGCCUCAUGUGGGGCAUGCGAGUAAUUAUACCACAAAGGUUGAGGAAACCCAUUCUGGAUGAGUUACAUCUUGGACACUGUGGUAUAGUCCGAAUGAAAGAGCUAGCCCGGAGUUAUUUUUGGUGGCCUGGACUGGAUCGUGAUAUUGAGGAAAAGGCAAAUUCAUGUUCAUCAUGUCAAGGCCUCAGAAAUAUGCCAAGUCCAGCACCAUUGCAUCCAUGGGAAUGGCCUGCCAGUCCUUGGCAACGCGUUCAUUUAGAUUUUGCAGGACCUGUAGAGGGUGUUAUGGUUCUGGUCGCAGUGGAUGCACAUUCUAAGUGGCCUGAGAUCACUGUCAUGCCCGACAUCACAUCAGAAAAGACAAUCCAAACCUUAAGAGAGAUGUUUGCACGUUUUGGACUGCCAGAGCAGAUCGUGACGGAUAAUGGGCCUUCUUUUGUAUCCCAAGAAAUGGAAGAAUUCCUAAAAGGUAAUGGUAUUAAACAUCUCCUAUCCAGCCCUUAUCAUCCUUCAACUAAUGGCCUGGCUGAAAGAAUGGUGCAAACCCUUAAACAUGCUCUUAAAGCAUCCAAAAGUGAAGCACCUUUCAAACAACGUAUUUAUACCUUUCUUCUUAAAUAUCGUAACACACCCCAUGCAACAACAGGUAUGUCACCAGCUUAUCUGUUCCUAAAAAGGCAGCUGAGAACACGUCUUGAUUUGUUGAGACCAGCUACCACUCAAAUGAGAGUUUAUGAUAAGCAGCACGAUCAAGUAAAACAACGUGCCAAGCGGGCUAAAGAUUGUGAGUUUUUCAGUGGAGAUGCUGUCCUUGCUCGUAACUAUUCCACCACUGAGAAAUGGGUACCAGCAACCAUUCUUCAAAAGACUGGACCUGUCUCUUAUAAGGUAUGCACACGAGACCACCAGACAUGGAGACGACAUGUUGAACAGCUGUUACCCUCUAUACCUGUUGAAGAAGCCGGUAGCACAGAAACGUCUGAGGAACCUAGUUUUAGUGAGUUGAUCCAAAGCCAGCCAGGAAUACCACCUGACUCUCCUGUUUCAAUUCCUGCCGAUGCUGUCGUGCCAAGGUUACCUGAGGUUGCCUUAGGGGAUGAACACACCUCAGCUGUACGACGUAACCCUCUCAGAAGCAGGAAGCCUCCUGACCGUCUUAACUUAUGA